AUGUCGCUUGAUCCUGGGUCUUGGGUUAGGGACUUUCUUCUCGAGGACAAGUCUCACAAUGCCGACAGGUCGCUGGUGAUCAACAAAAAUCCCGAUGGCUUCACCUAUCCAGCCGGUGAAGCUCCGUUCGAACUCCUUUUCCGUCAUAAUCCAAUUCUCUAUAGCCUCCUCCCUCUCCUCCCGACACCUUCAAUUGUGUCUAUGUUUUUCGUCUCCAAGUCCACGAGGAGUCUUCUGGCAGAUAUGACUCCUUUCUUUCGGAAUUUGGCCUUUGUGCCUGAAUCCAAUCCCGUAAAGUGGGUCCACAACUCGGCCGUCCAACACGCUCCCAAAGACGUCCCCAAUCCCCUCCAACGGGCCUUUGUUGAUUUCCAGGAGCGGAGGGAGAGGGAGAGAAUUAACGUCAAAGAGGCCGAAGAGAUGAUUGGUCGGUAUCUGAGCGACACACUCGACGGCACAAGUCUUAUGCCUCAACAGAUAUAUAUCGAGAAGUACGAGUCGGCAAAGUAUCAUUUCUACCGGCGCCUAAGGGGUAGACAUCUAUGCAGGAUGAUUGAGACCUUUCCUGUUGGGAGACGCUUGACAACAUUGAUCAUCGAUGGGAGUGGUGUUGAUACUGAUAGCUUGAAGCUCAUCUUGUCCAAGGUGGAGGGGACUUUACGUGGUGUUAGCGCGAAGUGGUGCAGGCACAUUGAAUGUUAUAUGUGGUCGGAAUGGAUUUUGGAAGCAAUGUACAGGUCCAGUCCGUUUGCGCUCCAGUGGCUAAACGUACGCUAUCCGAUGUCUCUAAGAAGUGAGAGUGCUAAGCUAACUUUCGUCUAGAUUUACGGAUCCGGAAAUACACCGACGUCUGAUUUUAGGUGGGACAGACACCCGGAUCAAUUGAUUCCACUCCGUCGACACCCGAACGAUCUGAGGAUCCCCGGAGAGCUUCCUGCGACGCUCUCAAAUUGGAGGCCAAAGCCAAAUCUUUUCGCAAACUUGAUACCUUUUGAGGUUCACCGCGACCACACGAUGGCACUUCUAGCACCACAGAAUCUCAAUAACUUCGGCCUGGGAGGUUUCUUGCAUGCGAAUCGCCACAAUAUUAGUUUGCAAAGGGACGCUUUCGUGAGGUCCCAUCCUCGGCCAGCUCUUUGGGACCCUCCUCAAAACUCUGCUCUGCACGAUCCACAUCCGCUCAUUGCCCUUCUGUCCGUUGCUAAGUUCAGAAAUAUUGAACUAGAUAUAAGCUAUUGUAUGAACGGAAGGAGGUGUUACAGUUUCUUAUACAGCAGACCGACGUCUACGGGUGCUAUUCAGGUUCAUCCGGGAGAUUCGCCUGCGGUUACCAUUUUCGAUGCCUUGAGUGGGAUUCCGACUCAAUUUACACCUACCUAUGAUAUAUUGGGUGAAGGGUUGGGGCUACAUACUCAUUGCGCAGCAGAGGUUGGGAAGAGGAGGGAGGAUGGUGGUGGGGCUUGUGUGAAUUGUGGAAUGUGGGAGGACAGGCUUGCCGAGGGUGAACACCGGGGGACCACUCCAGUGAGAAAUGUGGGAGGGGUUCUAACUGGAGACUCCAUUGGUAUUGGCAGAAUUUCGGUUGGGAAUCUUUGCUUGGAGUGCACUACUAAUAUGACUUGUAUUUCCUGCAAUGCGUAUGCCGAACCCCCAUCAAACCGAGAGUCUGUCAGUUACUGGAAGCUUAUUCAGGUGUUGUUAGAUUCUACUGCAACUCAUGUCUCUUCCGAAGCGUACCACCACUGCCGCGUAUUCCAACAGCAGUGGAACUUCCGGACCCGGAAUUCCUUCAAAUGA